AUGCCUAACAGUUGGGGUCAUAUGACCACCACCAAGUCAACCAAGGACCCAGAGCUCAUGCUGCUGGCUAAAUACAAGCGGCUUGCAGCGCAGAACAAGUUAGAUGGAACCCUCAAUCAACGCAUUGGAUCGCGCAGUGAAGUCAGAAAGAAGUUUCUUGAGCCUCCAAAUUGCGACCUUGCUCGGGUUCAGAAGAACAUUGACGAGUUAUACAAUCACAAAGAGCCUACAGGCCUGUCUCUGGAACUUUUUGGUUUGGGCGAUAACCUAAAACGUGGAGCGUAUCAAAGCGGCCAGAACCCAAAGAUACUACGACCGUUAAUGUUUUAUUGA